UAUAGAGCAGAGGUAAUGAAACCAACAAAACACAAAAAGUAUAAACAAAGCAAAGUCAUGAAUCCUACCUUAUCCCUUACUCUUUCCUUCCUCCUAUUUACUUUCCUCUCCAACCUUUCACCAAACAAUGCAGGUCAACCAGUUUUUGACACAAAUGGUAAGCCUGUUGUCUUUGGUAAACAAUACUUCAUUUCUCCAGCAACUGAUAACAUCCCCACAAAGGGAGGACUAACCUUAAACAAAGUUGGUGAUGAUUCAAAAUGUCCAGUAACUGUCCUACAAAACAAUGCUAUAACUGGUUUACCAGUUAAAUUCACCAUCCCACAAAAUACCACCGGAAUCGGCCCAGAAAUUGGAAUGGUAACAAGUUCCGAUCUUGAGAUCGAAUUCAUCGAGAAGCCUGAUUGCGCCGAAUCAUCAAAAUGGUUGGUGUUUGUUGAUGAUAAAAUUCAAGAAAACUGUGUUGGUAUUGGUGGUCCUGCAAAUUAUCCUGGUGUAGAGAUAAUUAGUGGUAAAUUUUUAGUUGUGACACAUACACAAGGACCAAGUUAUAGGAUUGGAUUUUGUUUAGAUAGUUCUGGUGAUUGUUUUUAUGUUGGAUUGCAAGAGUUUAAUUCUGGAGAAGGUGGUUCACGUUUGAUUUUGACUAUAGCUGGUGCUUAUAAUGUUGUAUUUGUUGAUGCUGAUUCUGUUAAAUCUCAAAGUAUUUAGGUACUUUGUUUUGAUGAAAAGAGUGAUUGUAACACUUUCUUAAUUAUAAUAAUUCAAGUUUGUAUGAAUAGAUCUUGUAAUCCAUUUCUUCAUCUUUGAUAUUUUUAUUAUCAAAUUUCAAGUAA